AAUUGUAAACAGUGGUGGUCGGCCAUUUGCACGGUGUGACAGAGUACUUUAGAUCAUCAUUCUGUCCACGGAGACCUCACUACGUUAACCACCAAGUUUUGCAAUGGCGUCUGCUUGAAAAUACAUAGCAGCAUUUCAACUUGUGACGCAAUUUUUCGGUUACUUCUCCUCAUUGUUAUAGUGUAAACAAACGUUGUUAAUUUUUAAUUUCAUUAAUUCAACCGAAUUUGAGUGUUAUUAGCUUCGCAAUGAUAAACUAUUAGUUUAUAAAUCAGUCAAAUGUUAACGUGGUCUACAUCCGGUCGCCGCUGUCAUAGCGCUGUCCCUUUCCCACUCACGCACGUAGACGGAGCGCAGCUCUCCGUCGUGCUUCUUCAGUCAUUGGAACAUCCGUUCAAUGGCUGGCAGUCAAGAAAAAUGGUAUUUUACAAAAGAUCAACUCCAGAAUUCACCAAGCAGAAAAUGCGGUUUAGACGCAGAUAAGGAGCUGGCUUACCGGCAGCAGGCUGCAAAUCUUAUCCAAGAUAUGGGACAGAGGCUUCAAGUCUCUCAAUUAUGUAUAAAUACGGCGAUAGUGUACAUGCACCGGUUCUACGCGUUCCACUCCUUUACACAGUUCCAUCGGAAUGCCAUUGCCGCGGCCGCACUCUUCCUUGCUGCAAAGGUGGAGGAGCAGCCGCGCAAGUUGGAGUAUGUGAUAAAGGUUGCCCACGUCUGCCUCCACAGAGGUGAGGGGGUCAACGCACUCUCGCCUGAACAGUACCAAGAACAGGCGCAGGACCUAGUUUUCAACGAGAAUGUACUCCUACAGACAUUAGGGUUCGAUGUGGCCAUCGAUCACCCUCACACGCACGUCGUGCGCACAUGUCACCUUGUCAAAGAUCCUCUCGUUGCAGCGCCGAAGGACCUUGCGCAGACGUCAUACUUCAUGGCGUCCAACAGUCUGCAUUUGACGACUAUGUGCCUGCAGUACCGGCCUACGGUUGUCGCCUGUUUCUGCAUUCAUCUUGCUUCGAAAUGGAGCAAUUGGGCGAUCCCGCAGUCAAGCGAAGGCCGGCAGUGGUACUCGUACGUGGACCGCAGUGUCACCAGUGACCUGCUCGAGCGACUCACGGCCGAGUUUCUGCACAUAUUCGACAAAUGCCCUUCCAGAUUGAAACGCAAGAUGAUGACCAUGUCGAACAGCGGGAGUUCUCCCCACGCAGGCGCCCUGCCCCACGCGGGUGGCGCGGUGGCCAGUUCGCCUUUCGACAAGAAACACGCUCAGAGCAACGACGACUACGACAAGAACUCCUUUGAUAAAGAAUACGAGCGCGAAAGGCGGCGGCAACAAGCCCCUGGCGGCUACGCACCAGCCACUACAUCGAGCAGUCAGUCCCAGCCCUCUCAAAAGAUAGAUUAUAUCGCUUACAGAGAGAAGAGAGAGAGAGAAGAACGAGAACGGAGGGAGGAGCGGGAAAGACGGCAACAACAGGCCAUGCAACGGGCUGAAAGACCCGAGAGACCGGAAAGACCAGAACGACCAGACAGACCGGAGCGUGUCGAAAGACCGGAUAGACCGGACCGGGUCGAAAGACCAGACAGACCAGAUCGGGUCGAAAGACCAGAUAGACAGGAGCGUCCAGAAAGACCGGAUCAAAGACCAGGAGUACCACAACAGAGACCAAGUAGUUCACAAUCAAUACCCCACCAUCAAAGACAACCUAGCCAACACCACCACAAGCCACAUCACCCGUGGCCCCAUCAUAAACCUCCCCACCACAAACCUCCCCAUGACCACAGACAUCAUCGACCGCCAUCCCUUCCUACGGCCACGGCUACAGCCACAGCCACAAAUGCUCCUCAACCGCAAAUACCUAACCACCCAGAUAUACCACCGCAAAGAACAAGACCACCGUCAUUGUUCUCACCAGAAAAUGUGACUACCCCAUCUGCAGCUGCGGCUGCAGCUCCUAGAAGGCCACAGCUUGCUGUCCAACCUCGACUCAAACCUGAGGGUCGACCACCUCCUCCAACUCAACCUCCUGUGUCAGUCCCUGAAAAACCACCAAGUCCAAAGAAACGACCUGACCCAUCAACAGCAAUACGAGAUAUGCAACCACCUGCUAUACUUUCUCCGUUUUCAUCGCCACCAGCAAAAGAACAGAAACCAAGACAACGGAUUCAAUCCAAUUCUGAACCAGAAUUAGUUCCAGUUGUUAAAAAAAUAGAUGAGACGCCGGGAUAUGAGAAUGUUAUAAGAGAUUCUCAACGAGGAAAUGCUAUAAAAGCUAGACUUCCCGAAGUUAAACACGAACGGCCUAUUAAACAAGAACCAAUACCUUCCCGGUCACUUAAUGGCAUCGAAACAGAUCCUACAUUAGUCUCAAAUCUUCUUAAAGAAAGUUUAGCUAAACCUGCUCCCAUAACUGUUGCGACAGAAAAGAAAUCUCCAUUAGAAAUAAAGAAGGAGCCUGUAACUGAACCACAACCUCCCCCUCCUGCACCUGUUCAACCUGAACCACCUCCCCAAAUUCAAGAAGAACCACCCGAACACCAAAAACACAAGAAAGAAAAGAAAAAGAAAGACAAACACAAACACAAAGACCGUGACAAGACAAAAGAAGAACGUAAGAAACACAAAAAAGAUAAAGAUAGAGAUAAGAAGAAAGAAAGUCCAGUUCAACCUAAUGAAACGGAUGGAACAUUGAGAAUAACGAUACCUAGGGAUAAAUUUUCGACAAGUCCAGGUCUCAAAAUAAAGAUACCCAAGGAAAGAUUAGCUGCACCGCCGCCGCCGCCUCAGUCCUCCAGUCUCAAGAUCAAGAUAUCGAAAGAAGUUCUAGAGACUUCUAGAAAACGCAGCGGAGUUCCUGACCAAGGACCUCCACAGAAGAUGGCACGCCCUGAACCCAAGGUAGGUUGGAAUAUGAAUGUACCUCCUCCUAAUAUGAAUAUGAACAAUCCUUUGCCGUACUAUAUGGUGCAACCGCCACCUCCGUUGUAUUAUGGGAUGGGAAUGGACGGGUAUUUUUAUGGGGCUAUGUAUCCACCUCCGAUGCCCGCGCAGCCUCCUCUGCCUGCCAUGCCGCCGCCGGAAGUACCCCCACCACCGCCUGAGUGAAUUAGACUUCGUGUGAAAUAGCUUUAAGUUACUGUUACGUGUGUAUAUGAUGCCUUGCCUGAGCUUCUCGUGAACAACUACAACGUCGUUGAUGUCUUUCAAGUGUCGUAUUUUACGACAGGACGUCGUAAAUUUUUAUGUUGUUUCCCGUUCGUCCGAUCCGUGAUCGGGAUAUAUUGAAUUUAGCUUUAUAAAUCUAUGUUAAUAUUAAUAUGUCAUAAUUACUCAUAAUUGUUUUUUGAGUACUUUCGGUCGUAUUAUCGACCGGAUUAACGGUAAACACCUUCUAAUCAUAACGACGACGUACGUCGUGUCGCGAUAGUGCGCUCUGACCUUUACAUAAACAAUUCGUGUGAUAUACCCGUAGUAAUUGUAAAUCUGACAAGUUAUAUCAGGACUGUCACCAAUAGUUAAUUCCUUUUUGUUUGUUCACGAACGUUGGUACAAGAGUCAUUAUUAGAGCGAGGUCAGAGUCCUACAAUAAUUUGUCAGAAUUAUUUUAACCGAUUGAUCAAACAGAUUGAUUCGCGUCUGUUAUUCGUAAGCAAAAGUAUAAACGUGGCAAAUUUGACAAUUAGCAAUGGCAGUCAAUUAAAAUUACCUACAUCAUUCACACUUCACUGAUAUUCCAAACGUAAUGGCAAACACAGACAUUGACGUCACUUCUAAAGGUCAA